AUGCUAACGGGUAUGGUUGACGCUAGCUGGCUUAGAGUCUUGGCGGUUAAUCCCACAGUCGGCUUACCUAGUCUCGUUCCGAAAUGGUGUUCCGUCUCCCAUGUCAAUUCAACCAUGCCCGUUUAUAUCUUCCAGCAAGGCCUGACCAAAGGUAUAUCCAGUAUUCCUUUUGGUUGGCCUAUAGUCAAGCUUGCACCAUGCUUGGCCUUGAUAUACUUGCUCAAAUGGUGGUUUGGCGGGGCGGUCAACACCUCGGAGCGCAAGAUGCAUUCAAAGGUGGUCAUGAUAACGGGCGGCACAUCAGGCAUCGGGGCUGAAGUCGCGAGAGGUCUAGCGAUGCGCGGCGCGCAACUCGUCCUCCUUACUCAACACUCACUCACCGACCCCUUCCUCGUCGAUUACAUUGAAGAUCUACGCGAGCAGACGGGCAAUCACUUGAUCACCGCUGAACAAGUCGACCUUACUUCUCUUCAUAGCAUCCGCGAGUUUGCUACCAAAUGGGUCGACAACCUUCCCCCGCGCCGCCUCGAUAUGAUCAUCUUGUGUGCGGACACACGUACGCCGCCUGGUGGAAAGGCUACAGUGACCGAGGAUGGCCUGGAACCCACCUGGGUUGUCAAUUACAUGGCAAACUUUCACCUCCUCAGUAUACUUAGCCCGGCGCUUCGAGCACAGCCCCCAGAUCGAGAUGUUCGCAUCAUCUUUGGGACAUGCAGUUCAUAUAUGGGCGGUCAGCUGUUUGAUUCGCCGACUUCCUCUACUGCUGCUGGGAGCUCUAAGAAGAACAAGACUGCGAAUGGUUCCCGGAGCAAAAAGUCUACGUCUGGAAGUAUCUAUUCCACCUCCAAACUCGCUGUCAUGGUCUUCGCGCAGGCCUUUCAAAAGCAUCUUUCGAGUUUCACUCGUCCGGACAAAUACCCGAUGAACGCCCGCGUGUUUCUCGUCGACCCCGGCUGGACACGUACACCGGGUAUGCGACGUUUUCUCACAUUUGGAAGCCUAUGGGGGCUUUUCGUCUACCUGAUAACUUGGCCGCUCUGGUGGUUGAUUUUGAAGAGUCCGGAGCAAGGCGCCCAAACCUUUUUGCAUGCGGCGAUGGAAGCAGAGUACGGGAGGGGCGAAGGGGGCUGGAUGCUGAAGGAAUGCCGUCAGUAUAACAUCACGAGGAGUGAGGUCAAGGACGAGGAGGCUCAGAAAAGGCUUUGGGCUGUCAGUGAAGAGACCAUACAAAAACUUGAAAAGGAGGGCGCAAAGAGGAGAGCGACGGAAAAGUCGAAGCAGAAAGAACAAGAUAAAACCGACGGUAAGGUCAAUGGCAAGGCUACUGGCAACGACAAACAGACCAACGGUGGAACGAAGCAGAGAAAAUAG